AUGGCCUGCUCGGCCGCCCGACCGAACCCCGCCUGCCAGCCCGGCCGCCUGCCGCCAGCCCAUCUGCCGCCCUCCUACCCACUCGGCCGUCCGCCCAGCUGCCCGUCCACUCGGCUGUCAGCUGCCAUCCAGCCGCCUGCCCGCCUGGCCGCACACCGCCUGCCCACCCGCCCAGCCGUCUGUCCACCUGCCCGCCGCCUGCCCACCCGCCCAGCCACACACCACCUGCCCAGUGCCUGGCCGUCCGCCCGCCGUUCCGUCCACCGCCCUCCUGCCCACUCGACCGCCCGCCGCCUGCCCGCCCGCCCCCUCUGUCGCCCGCCCGCCCGCCCGGCCGCCAGCGCGCCCGCCCGAUCGCUCGCCUGCCCGGCCACCCGGCAGCUCGGCCGCCCGCCCAACCGCCCGCCCGGCCGCCCGCCCGUCCAGUAG